GCUUUAAUAAGGGUCGGAUGUUAAUGCCAAGUAUAAACGCAUCUAUGGGUUGUUUCUGUUCUAGACUUUAAACUGAAAUGGAACAAACGCAGCCCUCGUAGACUCACUCUCUUUUGAAAAUGGAUACACAACUUAAAGGAGUGCAAAUUCGAAUUGUCCUUGUUGGGAAAACAGGGUGUGGGAAGAGUGCUACAGGGAACACCAUUCUUGGAAAGGAAGUUUUUCACAAAGAUGUAAGCUCUAAGUCUGUGACUAGACACUGUCAGAAGGCUACAGAAAAUAUUGAUGAUAAAGAAAUCACAGUGGUGGACACUCCUGGAUGGUGUGAUACGGACUUAUCUGAAGAAGAGUUGACAGAAGAAACAGUGAAAUGCAUCGAUCUGUCCUACCCUGGACCACACGCCUUUCUCUUUGUUCUUCGUAUUGGUCGCUUCACAAAAGAAGAGAAAGAAACAGUCCAGAAAUUACAGGAGAUUUUUGGUGAAGAUGCCAACAAAUACACAACGAUUCUGUUCACAAGUGGAGACGAUCUGGAGGACAAAAGUAUCGAUGAGUAUAUAAGAGAAGCCACAGCAGAUCUCAAAGCUUUAGUUGAUCAGUGUGAAGGCAGAUAUCAUGUUUUCAACAAUAGAGAUAAAAGCCGUCACCAAGUGUCAAUGCUUCUUGAGAAGAUCCAAGAUAUGGUGAGAGACAAUAAUGGUCAGUACUUUUCCAACACAGCAUACAAACUAUUGCAGAAAUACAAAGAAAGAGAAGCUAAAUUACAAGAGCAAAUUCAAGCUGUAGAGAAAGAAAAGCAAGCCAUAGAGAAUGAGUACAAAAACAUGAUGGAAGAGAAGGAGCGCCUGAAGGAGAGAGAACUACUGGAACAAAUAAGAUUUAGACAACUAAUGGACCACUUUGCCAUGACGUCUAUAGUGGAUCAAGAAGAAAGGUUGAAAGAAAAAUUAGAUGAAAUGUCAAGGCAGUUGCAGGCAGAAAAGGCUGAAAAGGAAGCAUGGUUAAGACAUUAUCUCCAAGAAAGGGGAAGAUGCAAUAUUUCAUAAAAAGCCUAUGUCAGAAUUACAUGAUUUGCUUUAAUAGAUUUUAGAAUUUAAAAAUGAUUUUGUUCUAUAAAAUUUCAGCCAAUCAAUGUAAAUAUAUUCAAUUCAUACAUCUAUUCAAUCUAUAAAUCAUAAAUGUUGUAUCUUUAAUGCUGAUUUAAUUAAGCAGCUACUUCAAAGAUAUGUUAAAGUAUUUAAUUUGUCUAAGAUAUCUAUAACACAUCUAUAACUUCUAUGCAAACACAUAAUCAGGUCUCUAGAGAAAGACAAAUAUGCUGAUUUUAUUGUAAACUUUUAGACUUUUUGCUGUCUAUUUUAGGGCAGUCUCAUAGGGGAAGCAACCUUCUCUGUGCACCACCAAAACAUCACUUUAUAACUUUCUCACCUCAAUUUUGGCAAAGUCAAAAUAAUUCAAUUCGGUAAAGACACAAACAAGUCCUCCAUAUGCAUCAAGCUCUUCAAAGUGCUCUGAAGCUGUUCAAAAGCUUUGGUUAAGGAGAGAGAGAGAGAGAGAGAGA